AUGCAUUUAUAGCAUACAUUUUUAUUUUUAGGAUUUUUUCAACAGAGUUUUCAUUGAAAAAUUCUUACAUUAUUAGCUAUACAUUUAAACCAUUAGUAGGUGGUUUAGAUGUGAUGUUAAUACUCAACAUACAAUGUUAUGAAGGUUCUUAUGAACUCUGUUUAACUGAAGAGAAAGAAAAUGAAAUUAUACAAGUUGAUGCUUCUGUGAAAUAUAAAAUGCCAGUAUCAAGAGAUGAAUUAUUGAGUACUACCUAUACAGAGGCAGAUGAAAUUUUACUAUAUGAGACAAAUUGGAUCAAGAGGACCUACAUCUUACAUGUGGAUUGCUUUGAUCUUCAUCUCAUUAAAAAUAUUGCUGUUAGAGUGCACAAUCGGGCCUUUACAAAUAUUGAUGAGAAUUUUUCACUGCUUCUUGGUCAUCUGGAAAUUGUGCCAGUUCAGAGGAAAUUUCGAUUUGUAUGUAAAGAUUUGUCGUAUACUUUUGAAAAUAACAUCACAACAUGGCUUGUUCUUGUUCAGUGGACUGAGGAUCCUUCUAUUCACUGUUCUGAUGUAUUUAUUCAUACAAGGAAUAAUGAAAAGUUAUAUCUUGGUACAACUUCUCAGUUUUUCUAUGAAUUCAAGUAUUCUGUUGAGGAGUCGCCAGAAGAAGAAUUAGAAGUUCUGUUAUAUCCUCAAAGCUAUGGACAUAAACAUUUUGAUCCAUUUUUAUUGAAAAUACCAUUAAAGAAAAAUUAAAUCUCUGGAGUAUUACAUAAAUACAAUGGCAAAAAUUGAUGAAUCGAGAAUUUUUUUAAAGAAAAAAUAAAUUGAAUUUUAUAUUUUUCAGCUAA